CAUUUGACAUAACGCUCUGUGAAACUUUAACAAGCGCUCGGUGUUUUCCAGAGGACACCCAGCGUUAAGGAGAUUAACUCUCGAUCCGUGAAGAACAGGACCUUCAAAUUAACAUGCGGUCGCCAUGGCGACGGAAGCACGCUAAUCCAGAGCGCUUCCACAAUGUUGACAAGACAUUUAGAAGAGUUUGUUUUUGACUGGAGACACAACAACAACCCUGUAUACCAACAGCGAAACUUUAUUUUUUUUUUAAAAUUGAAUUAACGAGAAAGAGACUGAAGGGUGUCGCAGCUGGGGGGGUUAGGGUUGCAGUCAACAUCUGUGGAAACGCCCAUCGCUUAAUAACGGAGCCAGAUUCAUAACACUUAAACUCUUUGCGUCGAGUGAAGGUCAACAGUUCAACUGACUUUAAUACACCAAACAUGAAGACUGCCGGAUAUAAGAGCAGGUUUUAUGGUUAGAGAAUACAGGACACUCUUCUCUUAAGGUGAAGAUGGUGAAAAAUAAAAGCACUGGAGGGCGCGCCAGUCGCUCUUCCACAUGCAAGACAAAAAAGCCUGGCUCCCAGAUCGAGAGCAGCAAGGACCCGACUCCUGUGGACGACCCGGCCGGCAGUGACACCGCCUCUGUUUCUCCAGAGCCCCAGACCCCCGGUCAAAGUCAGCUGGGCUUUCCAGACAGAGUCUACCUGCUGGCGUCUGUCAUCUUCCAGAAUAACCACCUGGAGAAGUCUGCGGCCCAUCGGUUGGUGAAUUACGGCAACCAGAGAGGGCUCCUGUUGCCUAAAGUCAAAGACGAGGAGAUGCAGCGUACAGCUUUUGAGUUGGCCUUCAAUACGCUUAAAUAUCAAGAACUGCUGGAGGACAUCGUGAUUGACAGCGGCUUUUACCUCACUCAACCACUGCCACAGGAUCAGAUGAGCCUCGUUGGUGUCAUGCUCUAUGACUUCCAGGACAGAAAGUUCCUCCCACGGGAACGCCAGGGGGACGAGGAGAUCAUACGGGAAGUUCGAGAUGUCGAGAACUACCUCCUCAGGUUUAAAACCAAGCUGGCAGCCUCUUUGGCCCGCUGCAGGAUCAAACAUGAUCUCUUGUCCAUUGAGUGUAUCUUGCCGGAGAGUGUGAAGACCAUGCAGGAGCGAUCAAGCAGCCUUCUGCUUUACGCAUGGAUCAACAUGCUGAAGAGCAGCCUUGAUGAGGUCCUAAGUGUGCUGAAGAGUGCGGGCUUCUCGCAGGUGAAAUCGAUUGGGCAGCUGGAGGGCCAGACCUUCUGCCAGGAUCCCCACUGCGGGGAUAUACUGGUAUUCCCUGCUCAGCUGAAGGCUCAGCUGUACUCCACCAAGCUGCUUAGCGACCACAAACUCAUCAUCCAGGAUAAAUCUUGCAGCCUGGGCCCAAAUGCAGUAUGCUCCCUGCUGCCAGAGGAAGGAGGUGUUCUUAUGGUGGGCUGCUUCUCCGGCCUCACUGUCUCCCACACUGCCUCCCUAAUUGCAGAGAAACAUAAAGCCGAGGGCAACAACCAGCCUACACUCUACGUUUGUGUCAGCGAUCGUACAGACGCUCAGAGGGAGGAGUUACAGCAGGCUGUGACUGCCAUGGGCUGCAAGAACGUGAAGCUGAUACCAGAGGACUUCCAGUCUUUGGACGGCAGUGACAAGCGACUUCAGAAGGUGCGCGUCAUCCUCUUAACCCCCAAGUGUUCUGUGUCUGCAGUCAGCAACCCGGUUGAAUUCAUACUGCAAGAGAAUGGAGACACAGACCUGCUGCAGGACUUAUCACAGGGCUCCAUAGCCCAGAGCAAACUGGAAGCUCUGGUAGCUCAGCAGAGGAAGGAUAUUGAUCACGCCUUGAAGUUCCCAAAGGUUUUGGCAGUGGUAUACUCUACCUGUUCGUCAUACCCAGAGGAGAAUGCUGAGGUGGUGAGCAGAGCUCUGGAGCAAGCCAAUGCCUACUCAGAGCAGGAGGGGGAUCCAAAACAAGUUAACUUCAGGCUUAGUCCAUCCCCGUUCAGCAUUCCUCAUCAUGCAGAGGGCCCAGAGGAAACAGAUCCCUUCUUCAUGUUGGAGCCCUCUGAAGAGAGCAAUGGCUGCUUCCUGGCUGUUCUCCACAGAGAGCCUGAGCCAGUGGUUAAAGAGGCACCACACGAAGUGCUUGACAGGGCAAAUGCCAAAGGCAUACUGGACAGGAUCGGUUCCAACCACCAGCUAACCAAAAAAGAUCAGCAUGGACAUACCAUCAGGAUGACUAAAACAACCCAUGCUCGCAACUCUCAGCCCAACCUCUCUGUUAGUAUUCAAUCCAAAAACCAAGAGACAAAGGGCAGCAACAGCACUACUUUGUGUGGACAUCAGGAAUUUACUAACAGGCGGCAGUCUACACAAGGAACAGCCAAAGCAGUGCGCUUGCGGGCCUCAAAGAACACUGAGUCCAGCUCCUUCUCUUCCUCCAAACUAGAAAACAGCACCAGCAAGAAAAGCAUCACCCCCGUAUUCAACAUUACAACUUCCACCACCACCCUGACUCCUGCCGCUCCUCCUUCUACCCCGCUGACCCCAGUUGUCCGUCCCCGCAGAGUUCCUCAGGAGGUGCUGAAGCCUGUGGUGCUCGUCCUGCCUCCCGUUCACUUCCCCAGCUUCUUCCCACCUCAGAACAACCGAACGGGAUUCACCCCCAACUUCAACUACAACAAGUGGAGGGGCCCUACUCAAACUGUGCCCCUGUCCCGCUCCAGUGGUAGUCUCUCUAAGGAUGCUAUGGUUAAACCUCGGCCUCUUUUCUGAGCUCAAAACAACCCACAUAAAUAUAAAAAUUAUUAAAAAAAAGUAUUUACUUUUUUGCCAAAUGCUUACCCAAAUAAAGUCAGUAGUGUCUAAUGCCAA